AUGCAAUACAAAAACACUUUAGCUAUCGCUGCCUUAGCCUCUUCUGCUAUGGCUGCCUACAAGCCAUCUGAACCAUGGUCCACUCUGACUCCAGACUCUAAAUACGCCAAUGCCAUGUCAGACUACACUGGCUCUUUCGGUAUUGCUGUUAUUCCGAUGACUGCCUCUACUGCUAAAGCUAAAAGAGAUGCUGUCUCUCAAAUCGGUGAUGGCCAAAUACAAGCCACUACCAAGACUGAAGCUCCAAAAUCCACUGCUGCCGCUGUCUCUCAAAUCGGUGAUGGCCAAAUCCAAGCUACUACAAGAAAGACUACCACUUUAGACGGUAAAUCAUUCUCUGCCACUGCUACUAAAGCUGAAUCUACAACAUCUACCGCUUCUACUUCUUCCGCCCAAUCAUCAGAAGAUGCUUUCUUCGAAUCUCAAGCCUGCAAGAACAAUGGCACUUUAACUAUGACUUUAAAGAACGGUAUCUUAACCGAUGCUAAGGGUAGAGUCGGUUCUAUCGUCUCUAACAGACAAUUCCAAUUCGAUGGUCCACCACCACAAGCCGGUGCCAUCUACGCUGCUGGUUGGUCCAUCACUCCAAAGGGUAACUUGGCCAUUGGUUCCAACGAUGUCUUCUACCAAUGUUUGUCUGGUAACUUCUAUAAUUUAUAUGAUGAAAACCAAGGGGAACAAUGUACCAAGGUCUACCUACAAGCUGUUGAAUUAGUUUCUUGUUAA